AUUAAUAAUUAACGAUCUGCUUAACGUGGACAUAUUUUAUGCAGAGUAAACCCUCUCGCUUCACAUAUCUCUCUACUACUAGUACUACGGGUGACCAAAUUCCGUCCAAAAAGAAACGACAACACAUAACUGGUUUGCAGGGUCACCGCGAGCUACCGAGUCUUCGGAAAUAUGGCCCUUUUCUCUUUCUUUGCAGGUUGGAUCGGUUAUUUGUUUAUUUGCCUGCUUGGAUUGAUUUUCAUCGCAUUUCUCUGUUUUUGUCUUUACAUAAAAUAUAUUCAUCUGAAAUAUGAUCACAUACCGGGACCACCAAGGGAUAGUUUUAUAUUUGGUCAUUUACCAACCAUUCAGAGGGAGAUGAGCAAUGAUCGAGUUGUCCACGACAAAUUCCUGGAAUGGGCUGAGACUUAUGGACCGGUCUACCGUAUCAACGGUCUGCAUGCUGUGAUGUUGUGUGUGACCUGUCCUGAUACCACCAAGGAAGUCCUGAUGUCACCGAAGUACCCCAAAGCCCCACUGUUCUACAAGCGUCUCUUCAACCUGUUUGGACAGAGGUUUUUUGGAAAUGGCCUGGUCACAGCACAGAAUCAUGAUGAGUGGUACAAACAGCGAAGAAUAAUGGACCCUGCCUUCAGCAGUCUGUACCUGCGGGGUCAGAUGGGUGCGUUCAACGAGAGGGCAGAGAAGCUGAUGGAUAAACUGGCGGACAUGGCUGACACCAACACAGCUGCCAACAUGCAACACAUGUUCAACUGUGUGACACUGGAUGUCAUCACUAAGGUGGCGUUUGGAGUGGAGCUGGAUCUGCUGAAGGAGAGUGACUCUCCGUUCCCCAACGCUAUAGAGAUGUGUCUGAAGGGAAUGGUCCACUAUGUCAGAGACUUCACCUUCCAGCUCUACCCAAAGAACAAGAAGUUCAUCAACGAGGUGAAGAAGUCUUGUCAACUGCUGCGUUCGACAGGCAGACAGUGGAUCAACGAGAGGAAAAUGGCCGUCCAAAACGGAGAGGACGUUCCAAAAGACAUCCUCACACAGAUCCUCAAGACGGCUGGCAAAGAGGAAAACAUAGCAAACGAUGAUGAGGAGCUUAUGCUGGACAACUUUGUGACGUUCUUCAUUGCGGGGCAAGAGACAACAGCCAAUCAACUAGCUUUUGCCGUCAUGGAACUGGGAAGGCUGCCAGAGAUACUGACAAAGGUGAGGCAGGAAGUGGAUGACGUCCUCGGGAUGAAACAGGAAAUCAACUUCGACGACCUGGGGAAAAUGACCUACCUGUCUCAGGUUUUGAAGGAGACUCUAAGGUUGUACCCUACAGCACCAGGCACUUCUCGUUUCAUCCCCAACGACAUCGUCAUCAACGGCAUCCCCAUCCCUGCAGGAGUCACAUGCGUCUUCAAUUCGUAUAUCUGUGGAAGGUUGGAUAAGUUCUUUGAGGACCCGCUGAAGUUUGACCCAGAGAGGUUCCAUCCAGACGCUGCCAAACCCUAUUACUGCUACUACCCCUUCGCCCUGGGACCACGCUCAUGUCUGGGACAGAGCUUCGCACAGAUGGAGGCCAAGGUAGUGAUGGCCAAGCUGCUCCAGAGGUUUGACUUCAGCCUGCUGCCUGGCCAGUCCUUUGACAUCCUGGACACUGGGUCUUUGAGACCAAAGAGUGGAGUGGUGUGUAACAUCAGACACAGAGGACAGACACCCGCAGCCUGACCUGACUGGGACCUGAACAUGACUAGCACUUCUCUAUAACAUACUUGUCUUAUUUCUUAUACUUCCUAGUGGAGCAAAUUACCCUUUUCUUUCAAUGAAGCACCUUAUUCAAAUAUCUAGCUAUUUUUAAUGAAAAUGGAUUUUGAACAAUUGUUUAUUCUUUUUAUCAAUGAUGAAAUAAUAUCUUAAAUAUGAUGGUUCUAUGUGAUGAAGAGUUACUAGGACAGACUUGACAUAGGAGUGUUUGUAUUUGUGCCGGUUCCAUGUUGUUAAUUUACCCUUAUCAUGUAGUUACUAUGCAGUAUACCAUUUAUCACAUAAUAUAAAGAGAUUUAUAAAGUAUAUAUUAACUUCUUUGAUGAACUUCCUAACCAACAUUACCACCGUGCCUCUGUUGGAGUGAAUUUACUAUAUUUUAAUAAAAUAAUUGACCAAA